ACUGACAUUCUUCUCGUUUCGAACAGGUCACGGUCCCACCAACCUAGUGGAACUACAAACUUGUGCCACGUCAGGACUUACGUUCUAGCUAACUAACUGAUAUGACAGUUAGCAAACUAACUGCAUACGACUUAUAGCGGUUGCUGAGCUUUAAAGAAUACAUUGCUCGCAUGUUUUGGACGUUUCAGACGAAGCAAAAGUCAGUGUUAGCUAGCUCCUAGCUAGCUAGUAACGUCAGCUGUCUCUCGUAAACAUACACUAGCUACAUUUUGAGUCCAGUUGACUUGUAAAAAUGGAGAACAAAUACAACCUGAAGAGCCCAGCUGUGAAGAGGUUGAUGAAGGAGGCAGCUGAACUGAGGGACCCCACAGAGCACUACCACGCCCAGCCACUGGAGGAUAAUCUGUUUGAGUGGCACUUCUCUGUCCGCGGGCCCCCGGACUCAGAUUUUGACGGUGGGGUUUACCAUGGCAGAAUCGUGCUGCCCCCGGAGUACCCUAUGAAGCCCCCCAGCAUAAUCCUACUCACACCCAAUGGGAGAUUCGAGGUGGGGAAGAAGAUCUGUCUGAGCAUCUCUGGCCAUCACCCGGAGACAUGGCAGCCAUCUUGGAGCAUCAGAACGGCACUAAUAGCUAUAAUCGGAUUCAUGCCAACCAAAGGAGAGGGUGCAAUCGGAUCCCUUGAUUAUAAUCCAGAGGAGAGGAGAGGCCUGGCCAAAAAAUCCCAGGACUUCUGCUGUGAGACGUGUGGCUGCUCCAUGCGCUCUGCCCUCCUGGGUCCCUCCCCCACUAACCCCAGUCCAGAUGACCAAGAGGACCAAGAGCUCGCCCAGCAGAUCAACUUCAAGGCAGAAGCCAGGCAGGCCAGUGAGAGCACAGGGGCAGAGAGCGGGCCCCCCACAGACCCCCAGGGAGAGACGUCCACCUCGAGGGGACAGGAGGAGGAAGAGGCCCACGCUGAGCAGCAGGCCGAGGUGGCUCCAGCUGCCAGUGAGGACGAGUCAUGUCCCCCAGCCCCCAGCAGCCGUUCUCUCAGCCCCCGCCAGCGCCGGGCCCAGCAGCACCAGAGAGAGCCCCCCAGCAGGCCUACCUUCCCUGCCUUCCCCCACACCGCCGCCUCCCACCCUCCUCAGGACGCCAGCCACACGGGCUCUGUGGUGCUCAUCAUAGUGCUCACCCUGCUCCUGGCUGCCCUCAUUUUCCGCAGGAUCUACCUGACCAACGAGUACAAGUUUGACUAUGAGCUGUGACGACACUGACCUGAACCUCCCCAGACCACCUGACCCUGACAUCUUAGCUGGCAACAAAUGGACUUUAUCUCUUUACCGUGUCAGCCUAGAGCCCUGGAAAACUAUGGACAGCCCCCCUUCUGUUCAUAGAGGGUUAGGCAUAGCCUUGGUGACUGUUUCUCCCACUAAGUAAAGAGGGCUUGCUUUACAUUGAGGGUAACCUGCGUUCCUGUGUAGGACGGGGUUGACUCCACCUCCAAGGUGUCUUUUAUUACUUUGAAUUGACUGUACCACAUUUUAAAGAAACAUAGGCUUGUGUCCAAACCUUUUGUAGAACAGAGACACUGGGUUGUAUUCCCAAAAUGUCUGAGUAGGAGUGCUGAUCUAGGAGCAGGUCCCCCAUGUCCAUAUAAUCUAAUUCAUUGAUCUAAAAAACAAAACUGAUCCUAGAUCAGGACUCCUCUUAGGUGCUUUAUGAAUACGGCCUGUAUCUCUACUUUUUAUUUUGUCAGGCAACUGUUUAUCAUAGGGACUGCUGCUUGCUCUCAUUAUUUAAACAAGUUAAUGCUGUAUCAUAUGACAUGUAAACAAUGAAGGUUAUUAAAUUGAUUUGUUUGUCUCAAAAUAAUUAAUUGUGCACAGGGAAGCAAUAUGCAUAAUAAAUUGUAUACAGAUAAGAUGGUAAUUAUUUCUGCUCAAAUGUUACGCCAUUGACAUUUCUGACUGGUUAGCCAAUGCUCCGGCUGUUUUCUACUUUGCAGCAGCAGGUACAGUGCAGCCUUCUAUACACAUACGUCUGUCAAUCUUAGCCUGAGUGCCAGUCUGUUUGUGCUUUCUUGCUAAUCUCAUGCUGUUCAUACUGUAGGAACCUGGCUAUAUCACUGAUUGGGUCCAAAGAUAGUGAGACAGGGAUGAGGCAGCAAACCAUUGUCAACGCAGAAGCGCUUUAGAAAUUGAGAUUAUGCAAGAAAGAGACUGUAUGACUUUAGGCCUACCUUUUGAGGUCCUCACAAGAAAUGGAUUGGGGACUAAUGCAAAGCAAUUUAAAUGUUGUGGUUACACUGUACUUCAAGGCAAAUAAAAUGUCCAGAGUAGGUCCGCUCUCUCUCGGUUGUGGUCUCAUGAUAUUUGAGCCAUGUAUAACAGCUUUGUUCAUGUGAAUACUGAAUCCAUUGCAGACAGCUUCAAGUCUCAAGAUGUCAUUCACACAUCUAUCCAUCAUUUAAGACUGUAUUUGAAUGCUACAUAUGAACAUUGUAUCAGAAAAUAAAUGCCUUGAACAAAAAAUAA